AGCCUACAGGCGACGGACACACGAGUCAAGUGCGCGAGCGGCUGUGCCACGGCAACGAGCCAUUUGUGAGCGGCGGCGUUUUUUGGCUGUGCCUUCCUUUUGCCGCGAUACGCGGAGCGAGUGUAUGCGCGCGCUCCGCAACAAGACGUCGCAAGAGAAGAUACGCCGCCGACAACGACUCAUUUGAAUGCCGGAGACUUCUUAACGUGUCGUCGCGCCGUCGACAAUUCCCGAGCGCAUUGCGGGCGCGACCCUGCACUCUUAACGCGCGGGAAAGGCGCGCAACUCGCAGCGCCAGCCGUCGCCGAUAUGUGCUCUGUCAGGAGGACUCCGUUCGUCGGCGUACCAACGCGUCCGCCGUUCGUCGCCGCCGACUAAUGGGGACGGCAAUCUGGACGACUCGACGAACGUGUGCUGAAUCCCGGCCGGCCUGCGAAUGGAUCGCGACAGGACGAGACCGCACGUCCUCUGGACCAAGAUGGCGGUGGCGUCCGGUGGUGGCGCUGGAGGAGGAGGGGGCGCUUCCGACUCGAGCGACUCGGCCGGCGGCGGCGGCGCGAACAACAACAAGGAGACGACGUGGGAGUACGUCGAGGCCAAGACCCCAGCGCACACGGUGACCACCGUGGACUGUUGCACGACCUGCUACUACUUCUGCUGGUACCAGCACGUGCACCGCAACGACAUCGACUCGCUCUACCAGCGGUACUUCUUGCACCUGAACCGGCGCAGCCUCACCGCGCUUCUGGGCGUCAUGGCGGCGCUGUGCGCCCUCGGAGCGCUUCUGGACCUGGCGCUGUCCCAGCGACCGUCGCAGCCCCCGCCCGCGGCUCGCUCGGCCGCGUUCGGCGCCCUGCUCGUGUUCUACCUGGCGCUGGUGUACACCACGCUGCAGACCUCGUUCCGCCAGGUGCACCUGCUCGUGUGCAGCUACCUGGUGCUCGGCUCGUUCGUAGUGCUCGUGUCGCUCGUGUCUCUGCUCGACCCCGGCGCUGCCGAGCGCGCCAUCGUGUCCGACCUGUGGUGCGCGCUCUUCCUCGUGUACGUCUCGUACGCCCUGGUGCCCGUGCGCAUGCGCGACAGCAUCGUCGCCGGAGUCCUGCUGGCCGGCAGCUACCUGGCCUGCAACCUCGCGCUGCACGCGGACACCCUGCACUGGAAGCGGGUGGCGUGCAACGUCAUACUGCUGGUGGCGGUGAACACCAUCGGCAUGUUGUCGCACUACCCGAGCAAGGCGGCCCAGAGGCAAGCCUUCCUAGAGACGAGACAGUGCAUCGAGUCGAGGCUGAGCAUACAGCGUGAAAAUCAAAAACAGGAGCAACUAUUGCUCUCCGUUCUUCCACGCCACGUGGCGAUGGAGAUGAAGGCGGACAUCGCGAAGAAGCCGCAGGACUCCAUGUUCCACAAGAUCUACAUCCACCGACACGAGAACGUCAGCAUCCUGUUUGCGGACAUCUGCGGCUUCACCAGCCUGGCGUCCCAGUGCACGGCCGAGGAAGUGGUCCGCAUGCUGAACGAGCUGUUCGCGCGCUUCGACAAGCUGGCCUCCGAGAACCACUGCCUGCGCAUCAAGAUCCUCGGCGACUGCUACUACUGCGUCUCGGGACUGCCGGACCCGCGACCCGACCACGCCCAGUGCUGCGUCGAGAUGGGACUCGACAUGAUCGAGGCCAUCGCACUCGUCCGAGAUGUGACGGGCGUCAACGUCAACAUGCGAGUCGGCAUCCACACGGGUCGGGUCCACUGUGGCGUCCUCGGACUCAAAAAGUGGCAGUUCGACGUCUGGUCUAACGACGUCACUCUCGCCAACUACAUGGAAGCCGGCGGUAUUCCAGGGAGCGUGCACAUCACCAAGGAGACACUACAGUUCCUAGGCGACGACUACGAGGUGAUGCCGGGCGAAGGGGGCCAGCGGCACCCGUACCUGCGCGACCACAACAUCGAGACGUACAUCAUCAUUCCCAACGACAAGAAGCGCAUGGCGCCGCCCGAGAACAACACGUCGGCGGCACUGCACGGGGUCGCCAAGGAGAUACGCAUCAUGGGGCACGCGAACGCCAGGCGACAUCUCAACAUGGGGCCCAAGGGCUACACGGUCGGCGAGAAGAAGAACUCGCAGGAGGAAGUGAACGACUACCUGUCGCACGCCAUCGACGCCCACAGCAUCGAGCAGCUUCGCGCCGAGCACUGCAAGAAGCUUACGCUCACUUUCCACAAGGCCGACGUCGAGGAGAAGUACAUGAAAGAGCCGGACCCGAUGCUGGGCAUAUACAUCGUGUGCGCGGAAGUUGUGUUGGUGUUCAUAUUUAUCAUACACAUGAUCAUCCUGGACUUAUCGUGGAUCCGGGUAUUUAUCCAGAUAGGAGGAAUCGCCCUUAUAAUUAUGGUUAUAUGUAUCAUCCUGUGCCUGCAUCUAGAGCUUUUCACAGCUGUGAUUCCUUCCAAGUGUUACAAGAUUUCCGAGAAACUCACGGGAAACAGACUGCAUAGCCAAGUUAUUUCAAUUGUGAUCUUAAUCAUUGUGUACGUCUGCUGCAUGACAUCGGCGAUCAUGCCCGAAUCUGAGGACGUCGCGUCGUGCUGGUACUACGACGACAAUUUUACGAUGAUAGCGAACGUAACGUGUAUGCAAGAGAACUACGUGAACGUGCCUGAGUACCUCAUGCUCUGUCUGGCUCUGGUGCUCCUAGCCUGCGCAGCCGUACUCGUGCUGACGACAGUCGAGAAGAUGGUGCUCCUGCUCCUCUUCACGUUGCCUUUCUGCGCACUGAGCUUCACGUGGGACGACAGCCUGUGGAACUUCGCUCCUGGCGCCACUGAUGUGCUAUACCUGAAGACAGUGGUGGUGCUCGUGCUGUGCCUCUACAUAGCGGUCCUUGUGAUCCAUGGCUUCCAAACGGAGGCCACGUCUCGCCUGGACUUUCUGUGGAAGCUUCAAGCGAUGGAAGAGAAGGAAGACAUGGAAGACCUACAGGCAUACAAUCGAAAGUUGCUGGGAAAUAUCUUGCCGGCCCACGUUGCCGAAUACUUCCUCUCUUCUGAUCACAGGCAUGAGGACCUGUAUCACGAACAGCGAGACAGCACUGGCAUCAUGUUUGCAUCCAUUCCAAACUUCAGUGAAUUCUACAUGGAACUGGAAGCCAACAAUGAAGGUGUGGAAUGCCUACGCCUUCUGAACGAAAUCAUUGCAGACUUUGAUGAGUUGCUAUCAGAGGAACAGUUCAAGUGCAUAGAGAAAAUCAAGACAACAGGCUACACGUAUAUGGCAGCGUCAGGGCUGACCAUGACACAAGAGGACAUAGCAAACAAUGUACAUAUAGUGGCCUUGGCAGAAUACGCACUCAGGAUGCAGGAGCAACUUCAUCAUGUCAACGAGCAUUCCUUCAACCACUUCAAGAUCAGGAUAGGCUUGAAUGUGGGACCUGUUGUCGCUGGUGUUAUUGGGGCAAAGAAGCCGCAUUACGACAUCUGGGGCAAUGCUGUCAAUGUUGCAAGCAGAAUGGAUUCCACGGGCGAAGUGGAAAAAAUUCAGGUGACCCAGGAAGUUUACAGCAUACUGGAACCCCUGGGCUACCCACUGGAAUGCCGUGGUUACAUCACUGUUAAGGGCAAAGGGGACAUGCUCACCUAUUUUCUGACGGGCAGACGGAAACCAGUCGUCGAAUCUGCCAACAACCGGUUGUAGCGCGCCACUUUCGCUCCAAAGACUUUGCGUGAUGCAGGCCCAACUGCUCCACCUGCAUAUACGUAUGCGCAUAAAUAUGAAUUGUUUUUCAUCACUAUUGUCGUGAAUGCCACACACAAGAGCACCGGGCAGGCCUACGUGUAUGAGCUCUCACUGUGUUGCAAACACAGGUGUCAUUAGUAAAACCCCAGAGAUGCCUGCUCUUGUCUUAGGGGUGUAGUAUCAUUCUGCUGACAUUCACAUUCCAAUGUGUGUAGCAUAUUCCUUUUCCCUGUAGGCAUCAGCCCACACGUUUGUUACCAUGUCGCAGACUUAGUCCACUGUGCAUAAGAUGUUCUCUAUACAUAGUUGGUUCAUUUGCAGCUUCUUUAAGUAUGUGUUAGUGUCUGGGUUUAUUUCAGUUCUUUUGUGGUUUUCUUGCUGUUGAGAGGACCAAUGUACAGCAGUCUGUGUGUGCCAACUGUGUAAGAGAAUGUGAAAAAUUUGUUAGCAUGCAUGGAAAAAAAAGAGGAAAGUUUGAGUGCAUGUCAUUGAUAAGCCAUCUGUAGUUCUACUAACGGUGCCUCAGAAGUCACAAUGGCACUUCAACAGCUGCAUAGUGACUGUUUUUAUUCUGCAUAAUAGUUCUGGGUUCUCUGCUGUGACAAAAACUCGUUUCUGCCUCUUAACAACUCGAGCAACCUGGCUAUGUCAAUGAAGACUUUUUUUUAUGUUGGAAGUUGACAGCUGAGCAGAAUUUUGUACAUACUGGAAAACUUAACAUACAGGUCCCUGAGUUUUCGUUCACUUCGAUCAAGAGGAAUUGGGCUGGGAAGGAGCAAGCUAGUUGCUCUAGAGGGUGGGCUUCUUUUUUUAGACAAUGCAGAUUUUUAAUAAAAAUUCUAUGGCAGUCAGGCUCCAGUCGUUUUUGCAAACACACUCUACGUCGAAGCGGAAAUACUUUGCCACAGCUAAAAUGACAGAUGCGAAUAAUUAUCACAAGCUCGUUAAUUAGCUUUUAUAUAAGGACUUGAGGGCAGUCAUUUAUAUUAGAAAGUUGUAGUGCAUGCCAAUUUACGGCAUACUGAUUUUUUAGAGAUCAUGGAAACUGCACGUAACUUGAGAUAUCCAUCAUCGAAUUGGAGUGUGGAUUGUGGCAUGAUCGAAGUGGAGGUGGCAGAGAGUAUGUCUGUGCCCCUGAUGGUCUAAUUGUAACAGUACUUUGUUUUCAUUGGUAAUUAUAACUAUAUUUGGGUAUUAUGAUUCAAAGCUUCAGUGCAGGAUUCAAGGAAUGUCAUAGUGAAGAGUUCUCGGUUCCUUUUUACCAUUGGCAUUUCUUUAAUAUGUGCCAAAAUUCAACAAGCUGCUACGUAGUACUCGGAUAGAGGGACUUGUAUAUGUUGUCAUGUAGGACUGGUGUUCAUCAUCUGUGUGAUUGGCAGCUUAAGAUAAUUCUUGAUGAAGACUUUCCUAGACUGUCUUCUCAUGCUAGGUACCUUAUGCAUGUGCAUUUUCAAAGAAAGAAUGGCUGUUUCUGCAGCCUCUGUUCAUGGCAGAUGCCAGUUUUGUAAUUUUGGCACAUAGCCAUUGUGCCGUUAAUUUUGCGUCUGUGUGUGUGGAAGGGCAGGAGAGGGGGAGAGAAUUGCAGCGAUGAGAAAUGGCAGAAAAAUGUGGCAGCUUUCUGUUUGACUGCAUUGUUGAAGGUCCUCAGUCAACAUGCAUUUGCACAGGUAAUUUGCUGGUGAUAAGCUGGUGAGCAGUUUUUUGGUCACUUUGCUAUUGGUGCAUCAGUUUGAACUUUGGCAGGCCUUCAAUGCUGAUAUCACCCAGUAUGACGAUGAUGAUGAUAGCGAUGACACCAUUUUUCUUCUUUUGAGGCAUGUCUCUGUGCAUAAGCAUGCGCAGAGGCGGGGGGCAGGGGUGCGGCCACCCUCCCUAGUUAGCUAAGAAGAGGGGACACAAAGUCUGCCCAUACAUUGACUUAAUAGGGAGGGGGGCACAGCGAUGAACCUUUGCCCCCCCCCUGAAGGCGAACCCUGGGCACGCCUAUGUCUCUGUGAUUAUGUUUUUCACUAUACACUAACAAGAGGUUGACAUAAGUGGCAUCUUCCUGAUGAAUUGGAAGCAGAGCUUUGCAGAAUAGAUGAGCAACCUCUGGCAUGUAUUUCUGCUCAUUUGAGAGCUGAAAAGCUUGAGAAUUAGAAAGGGUGCACAAAUGUGCAUGCAACUGUGUGUGCCUGUUGCGUGUAAAAAUCAGGUAUUUUUAUUUACCCGUCGUUACUGUUGGAGUUCUAUCAGCUGUUGUAUUUUUUAAGCCCCUUUUAUGUGGUCGUGCAUACUUUGGUUUUGAUGGGCCCUCUGCUAGAAGCCUUCUUAAUCGCUAAUGCAAGCAUAGUGUAGAGAAUCAGACUAUCAUGGAGUGAUAUUGGGAAGUCUCGCUUAUGUACUAUAUUCUGUACUAUACUGUAGAUCAGCAGUGCUCUUCAAAUGUCUAAUCAUUGUGUAAAGUCAUCACUCACAGACUGCAGCCAUUAAGCCAAUGUCAUUACACACCCCACUACCCUCAAUGCUUGGCAAUCAGUGUAAAUUACCUCAUUCACGUUUGUUGUUGUCGUGCCCUGCGUGUGGGGAAUUGUUCAUCUACUGCACACUCUGCCCGGUGCACGCAGUGUUGGCAUUGAGUAGCAGUGGUCAGUUGUUUGGGCUGGAAUGGACCAUUUCAAUGUGUGUUCUCUGUACAGUCUGUUCCUUGUGUUUUCCUGCAUAGUCAGCACCUUUGCAUGUAUUUGAAAUCAUUGUUUGUGGUGUUGUUGUUUCUUAUGACCAUAUGUUUUUCACUGCAUCCCUUUUUUUCUAGUCAGCAUUCGUGACCAGCUUUGUCUAAACUUGAAAUUACAUACAGAUCUGCCCUGUCAUUCUAGUCGCAGUAAGGAUGUUGCUGGUGGACAGGUUUUACAGGCCUGGCACCGUCCGCUUUGUUUGAGUGAUGGGUCUCUGUUUGCCUAGUACAGCUAGUGAUUUAUUAUUUUGAUUUUGUUUGCAGUAAUCUGGCUUCAACUCUCUGAAAUGCAGUAUAUAUGCCGCCUUAUUUCAUCUAUACACUCUGGAUCUUAUUGAUUUACAGCACCGAGUACAAAUCUCUUGCUGCCUGCACAAAUUCUUGAAACAAUUUUUUUACUCCAUACUUGGCAUUGCGUGUAACAAUGACCAAGCUUUGAAUGUUGAAAGCUUCAUUUCAUGUUCCUAUUUAAAGGAUAAGACAUUCUUUAGCGUCACCGUAGCAAAUGUAUGAGUGUGCUUGUAGAGCAAGUUGAAGUGCUAUGAGCUAAACUUAACACUGCAGAGAAUAUUUGAAGGUGUUACUUGUUAUGAAUUGAAAGAUAAUGCUGAGAAGUUUUAAAGGGACCCUGAAACGGUUUUGAUGAUUUUGUACGAACACAUUGGGGAGUCCUAAGGAUCAUUUACAGACCGAUUUAGGCUCUGUGUGUAAACUGUGUAAUUUAUUACAAGGCUUAAAGCUGCGAAUCGCCACAGAUCAAAGCGGCACAGCCAAACACGUUUUUAAACCACCCACUUCCAGUGCGCGUCGUCUUGUAAGUGCGACGUCACGCAGGCGGCUGAUCUGGUUGGAUAUGUCCAGUCCACGUCACUAAACCUCCUGUGGGCAGCGAGCGUCGUCUGCCUGUGUUACAACGUGCUCAGUGUUGACGUGAGCUGAGCGACAGUGUUUAUCUCGAGGUUUCUUUUCUUGGACACAAUGAAUUGCCUUAGUCGUGUUGUGUACCACAUAUCUAGCAAUUUCUAGCAAUUGGUGACUUGUGAAGCUGCGACAUCGUGCAAUGUUUGUGAGGCAUCUGGCGAGCGGAAUCCCUUCAGCUCGUCGCUGCAAUGAGCGUCGCGCUCUCGCUAUCCGUUCAGUGCCACGAUGCACGCGUUUGCGGCUGUAACUUCACCCCUGAAGACACAACCACACUGCCCGAGUUUACGCUUAUCGGUGAUCGUUCUUGAGUUCUUUUUGUUUGUCCGCAUGCUUUUGCAGGUUGUCGUCGUACAGGAGAAUAAAAUAAGAUCGGCUGGUAGUGUGGCGGCACCUAUCUGAGCAGAUAUCAACCACUCCGCGAGCUUCGUCUUUGUUGCCAGAUAGCGUGCUGCCGGGCACACUGGGCGUCCGAGAUUGCGCGCAGUAUCGGAGGUCAUGACUGGGUGAAGCUCAAACUGUCGAAUGCGCUCAUGAGAGCGCUGCGAUCGCCAGCGUGUCUGUGAGUUGAGGGUGCAAGGCAGUGGCGAGGACGAGGGUAUAGAUAUAAUUGUCCGUAGCGGCCUUGGUACACAGUGCGUCGCUUAAUUUCUGGUGUGAAUGAUUUGGGGAUACUCUUGCCUAAAUGCUGACAAAACUUAAAAAACCAUUUCAGAGUCCCUUUAAAGGUGUCCUGCCAAGCGUACACAUAUAGAUAAAGAAUGUGCAUAGCAGUGCUCCUGUGAUACUGUAGUAUGUCAACUACAGCUGUAGUUGACAUACUACAGCGGCUGUGCAUGCCUUGUUAACAGUUCAUGUUGCGCUCAAGGAAAAUGCGUAAUGUUAUGAUAAGAAAAAUUUGGCUGCAGGGUGCUCAAACUUUGUCUGUGCAUCAUGCAGGUCAGAAAAAAAAAAUUGGGAAAUCUUGCAGCCACUGCAAAGUAAGAAAAGUAAGCUUCUCUUAUCUGCAAGCUCAAGUAGUGACACAUGUUAUUACGUCAGCAUUGAUAUAAGCUACAGGCCAUUUGUGGCAACCAGUCAGAGUGUACAAGGGUACAUUCCUGUAAAGGGAGAAUAUUAGGAAUGCAAGUCGGUUUCAGGGGCUUUCUCUGUAACGCUGGGGGAAUACUAUCGAAUCAAGCCAGGCGAAACUGCUUUUGACCAGUAUUGGCAUUAAAGCAGUUUACUUUGACAAUUUGGUGUGCUUUAUGAAAUUCAUACUAUUUAGAAGCUUUUCUAGUGUCAAAUUCUUUUAACUGAACCAGUGUCUGCAUUCCUAAAAGGGAUAAAACAUUUAGUAAGACAAGACUGCUUCAUUGAACAGCCAAAAAGGAUCAUGCUGAUAGCUCAAUUGAGUCAUUAAGAAAGAAUCGUAAGUUAUCGUGCCCUUAGGAAGAAUUGUUCUAUCUUUAAAGCUUGGUCAUCGUUCGGCUCCACUUGUGCAAGGCUGCUGUAUAUUUUUGCCUUAAGACUGCCAUUGGAACAUCAUAUUUUAUUAAACAUUCACCUAUUAUAUGUCAGGCUUGUUACUAAUCUCACUGACUAAAUUUUUCUUUAAUAUGCAGCUUACUUGCUUUAGGUGUUCAAUCUUAUUUCAUAUUUAGGUACCCCCCAAUUAUGAGAAGCCACUUGUUUAGCAUUUAGUAAUAGAGUUUGUAUAGGUGAAAUGUGGCUACUGUAUAAGCACUGGUUAAGUAUGUCAUAACAUUCGUAGGGCAGCUCCUUUUAAGAAUACAUUGGAGCAUCCUUGGCUGCUGACAUCUCAUUCUUGUAUGCCCAGUAUGAGUCGUUUGUCAAGUUUAUGUGAAGCAUCUCAUUCCUGUGCCAAACAGUUUCUGAAAAACUAAAUUAUCUUCAGUUACUCAUACACCCUUCACACGCACAUCCUUGUGGAAUAUGUUUGGCUAACCCCUGUCAUCUGUCUUACUUGCCGUUGUUCACUGUGCAAAGCGUCAACGCAUGAAGACCUAAAUGUUGCUUAUUGUUUUCUUUGUAACAUAUUUUAUUGUGUAACAUGUCAGGUUACAAGUCUAAAACACACCAUGUGUACAUAGCCUGCUUGAAAGAACUUUGCUUCUUCUGAGCCUUAUUUUUUCAUCUUUUUUUUUUCUUGCGCUCGGACAACAUGGCUGAUUUCUCGAGGCCUGUGAAGUUGUUCAAAGGUGCAUCUGUUACUUUUUGAGACGUAUAUAAACAAUGUUAAAUGUGA